CUAAAUUAUACAAUGGAUAAAAUGGGUUUUUAUGCAAAGUGGAUGACUUGGAUUUCUGAAUGUCUACGAACCGCAACUAUUUCAGUGUUGGUUAACGAAAGCCCCACACAAGAAUUUUCGAUGGGAAGAGGUUUGAGGAAAGGGGAUCCCUUGUCCCCAUACCUCUUUUUGAUUGCGGAAGAAGGAUUUAAUUUGAUGAUGUUCAAAAAUGUUCAUUCGAAUCUCCUUGACGGAUACAGGUUCGAAAAUGGUGAAGUGAGUGUCUCGCACAUUCAAUAUGCAGAUGAUACCAUUGUCAUGGGCGAGAGGAGUUGGAAGAAUAUCUGGGUGAUCAAAGAAAUUCUUCAAUUGUUCGAAUUGGAUGGAUAG